CCGGUCACUCCCGCAGAGGCGCGAUGGCCUUUUUGUCAAGAGCUCUCUUGUCUUUGCACAGGACACUCGCUCGCAUUCACAGUCGUGACAGUGGCGCACAAAAGAGAAGAGAGAUGCGUUUUAAAAGGCGCCUUUAUUCUCCGGCUGGGUGGUGACCGUGGGCGCUCUGAGUGGAUCAUUGUGGAAAAGUAGGAGAAGGAGAAAGAACACGCGGAUGAGUUGCGGGAUUUUCUAACUAUCUCGUCACCCAACCACCCACGAAUACCUCAGCCUCACUCGCGGUUUGGAUGACGCGCCCCAAUUUUUUACGCGUCGCUUUUACGCACCGACUUGCGAGACGCCAGGGAACGCCGUCAUUGGGAUCCGGUACCUAUUACAGUGACGUUUAAAGUCAUGUGGCGUCUCAAUCUCGGUGGUCAACUUUAAAGAAGAACACACUUCUGGAUCUCUGUCUAUGUAAAGGAUGCCGGUUGAUAACUUGGCAAACAUGGAGGAAAAACUGUGGAUAUUGGAAGACCUCAAUAUGAUGUACAUCCGUCAGAUUGCUCUCAGCUUGCAGGACAGCGACAUCCAGAAAAAAAUCGACCAUGAGAUCCGGAUGCGCGACGGGGCCUGCAAGCUGCUGGCCGCCUGCUCGCAGCGAGAUCAAGCCUUGGAAGCGGCCAAGAGCCUGCAGACGUGCAGCACCCGCAUAAUGGCUUACAUGUCCGAGCUGCAGAAGAUGAAGCAAGCGCAGGUCAUGCAGAAGGUGACGCGGAGGUCGUCGGACGCGGGGCCCAUGGACGACAGGCUACCGUGCAAAGGGAAAGUGGCCAUAUCAGAUCUACGUAUACCUCUCAUGUGGAAAGACACGGAGUACUUCAAGAACAAAGGAGAGCUCCAUCGCUGUGCGGUGUUUUGUCUCCUGCAGUUAGGAGGAGAGAUCUUUGACACGGACAUGGUGAUAGUAGACCGCACGCUCACGGACAUUUGCUUCGACAACAGCAUUGUAUUCAGCGAAGCCGAUCCUGCUUUCGAGCUGCGCGUUGAGCUGUACAGCUGCUGCUCAGAGGAGGACUUCUCGGCGGGGAGUACGCCUAGGAAGCUAGCCAGCAAGUUGAGCUCCUCCUUGGGCCGCUCGGCUGGGAAGAAACUGCGGGCGGCCAUGGAGCCCGGCCCGUGCAGCCCGGUCAGCAAUGGAGGGGCAUGUCCUCUUUUGCUACCCGUUCCUUCUGUACCGGGCCCCAAGUACCACCUGCUAGCUCAUACCACCCUGUCGCUGUCACACGCCCAGGACAAUUUCCGCACGCACGACCUCACCAUUUCAGGCAACGAAGAAUGUUCCUACUGGCUGCCUCUCUACGGAAGUAUGUGUUGCCGGCUUGCAGCCCAGCCUCAGUGUAUGACCCAGCAGAUGAUGAGCGGACCUUUGAAGGUGUCGCAGUUGGGAGCCGGCCCUCACAAUUGGACAAAAGUCUAUGCGGUCCUGAAAGGAACUAGCCUCUCCUGCUACAGACGACAAGAAGACGUUCAGGACGGCGUCGACCCAGCUUUCACCAUCGCCAUCAACAAGGAGACCAGGAUACGCGUGUCGGAUAAGGACGCUAAGGGCAAAGCUCAGAACGUUUGCAUCAGUAACCAGUACGGCGGCGAAGACGUCACGCACACGCUGACCACAGACAGUCGAGAGGAGACACACAGGUGGAUGGAGGCCUUCUGGCAACACUUCUAUGACAUGAGCACGUGGAAGCAGUGCUGUGAUGACUUGAUGAAAAUUGAACAGCCGUCACCACGGAAACCAACUCCCGUCACACCGAAGCAAGGCUCCCUUUACCAUGAAAUGGUUAUUGAGUCGUCAGAUGAGUUCGGCAGCAGCGUGUCGGACAUGUUGGCUCGGAGGAUGCGGGAGUUGGAGCUGCGCAGCCAGCUGGGCGCUUCACCAACCUGGAUGUCCCUCUUUGAGGAGAACCACCCCAAAAGCGCCGGCCUCCCUCGUCAGUGUACCUCUCGCCUGCCCGGCCUCAGCCCCCUCGACCCCCACCGCCUCUCCCGCAGCCCCGCCAGCUCCCCGCGGGGUCUCCUGUCCUCGGACGCCAGCCUGACGUCAGACAGCGACAGCCACUGCAGCACCAGCCCUUGCUCCCGCCACCACGGCUGGCCCGAGCCCUUGCCCGGUUUCUCCCUGUCGUCCCCCUCCCGCCUGAGGCCUCGUACGCUCUCGCUGGACGCCAAGCUUAGCACGCUGCGAGGGAGGGGAUACGGAGCAGGGGGCGCCUUCCACUGCCCCUGCCAGCCUCCCUCUUCGUCGCGCUCGCCGCUCUCCCAGCGAAGCGCGCAGACCGCGCUGUCCUGCUCCAGUUCCACCUCCAGCAGUAGCUCCAGCAACAGCGAGGGCUGCGGACACAGCCCGGAGACGUCCGACUGCGCCGCCUUCUCGCGGCCCUCGCCGGCCAGACGCAGCCUCAGGAACCUCAGGGCCAGACUGGACCCACGGAACUGGCUCCAGAGUCAGGUGUGAUCUCAAUCCGAGGAGGCCUCUUCCACGAGACUGGUGACAAUCAAUGGGAACUACUCACCCCACUUAGAGGCACUUUGGGUCAUGCUGCUUGGGAGCACCUGCCUACCUUUCCCCAUUUCAAACUGGAAGCUACUUUUGACUACUUUAACCAUUUUCCAUCAUGAUAUAACUAUCAUGUCAUCUCUGUUCAUUCACUUGCAGUUUUGUUGAGACUAAAUCAAGUGUUUUUAUAACAAAGGUGUCCAGUAUGUAUGCUAUCAAUACAAGUGAGCAUGUGAUGGAAUGCGUCUAAAGCAGUGGUGUCCUAACUAUGUUCCAGGGGCCAUUUGCAGCCUGACGUCCGUUUUUUAGCAGCCUUGACAAAUGCCAAAAUUAACAUUUGACUCAGUACAUGUCCGCAUUGUUCUACAGUGAUGCCUUGAGAUACGAGUGACUUGAUUUGCAAGUUUUUUGAGAUAACAGCCAUCGUUCGGCCAAUUUUUUUUUUACUUUGAAUUGCGAGAAACAAAUUGAGUUAGACCAUUGCAUAGUGGCAGUGAACUCAACUCUCUUUACAACAAGCAGAGGUUAGAACAGAAGAAUGGCAUUACCAUUCAUUUCAAAGGGGGAAAUAUGAUUUUAGUUAUGUGCAUAGUCACACAACAAAGGCACCACCACUAUUUAUUUAUUUUCUAAACUUGGUUACCAGAGAAGAGAAGAAGAAAUGUGUUAAUCUCUCCUUGUUUUCCCACCAAUCACACAUCACUAAAAAUCAUCACAAAAUUUAUAUUCAUAACAUCCAGAUGAAUAAGGUAUUUCAGUCACAGUAGCCGCCAAUCGCGAUUGUGUGCUUCACUUUCUGCCCCGUGUCAAGGUCAGCUUAGUACAUUUUGCUCUUGUUCUGGUUCGGACUGUGGAGAAUACUGCUGCUCGGUACAGGGUUGUAUGUAUUGUUGUGGGCUACAGGGCCACUGACUACCCCAAUCCAAUUUGCGUUAUCACC